CCCAGACCACCCCAGCAGCAGCAGCAGCAGCAGCAGCAGCAGCAGCAGCGGCAGCAGCAGUAGCGCCCGCAGCAGCGUUAUCUUCUGCUGCUAGCUUUACUCCUAAAGCUCCCUUUUCAGCGGCAGAAGAUUUCUUCCUUCUCAAGAGCCGCAGCAGCAGCAGCAGCAGCAGCAGCAGCAACAGCAGCAGCAGCAGCAGCAGCAGCAACACUUCGCGUGCCACUAUGGCAUCUUCUCUACCCCUCCGCUUGCUGAACUGCAGCAACAGCAGCAACAACAGCAACAUGAUGCAGCAGCACAACAGCAGCAGCAGCAGCGCGUACAGCAGCAGCAGCGCGUACAGCAGCAGCAGCAGCAGCAACAGCAGCAAUAGCAGCACAAAGAGGUGGGUAAGAGAGCCGCCGCAGCUAGGAGAGAACGGUAACUGGCAGUGCAGCUGCUGCUUAAAUAUAAAUUAUAGAAGACGCUCUUGCUGCAACAAAUGUGCAGCAAGUCGAACUCCAGACAGCAGCAGCAGCAGCAGCAGCAGCAGCAGCAGCAGCAGCAGCAGCAGCAACGCCAUGAGUAAGGAGAGCUUGCAGCAGUUUAUAUCGCUUAAAGAAGAAUUCAUUCAUAUGGGUUUGGACCCGCAAACUGCUGCUGCUGCUGCUGCUGCUCAGCAAGCAGCAACAGCUUGCCUCUCCAGCAGCAGCAGCAACAACAACAACAGCAGCAGCAGCAGCAUGGGUGCGGCAGAGAGCAGCAGCGCUGCUUUUGAAGGGCUGCGUCUGCUGUCCUAUCCGCUCGAACGGCAGCAGCAGCAGCAGCAGCAACAGCAGCAGGAGCAGCAGCAGCAGCAACCGCUGCUGCGACCCGCAUCUUUUGAUAUGCAGUUGCUGCGGCGUGGCAGCUCGAAGCUUCUUCCGCUGCAGCAGCAGCUGCAGCAGCAGCAGCAGCAGCAGAAGCAGCAGCAGGUAGAUGGUGAGGAGGUGCUAACGAAGGGGAUCAGCAGCAGAGCGACUUCAGGAGAUUUGCUGCGGUCUAGCAGCAGCAGCAGCAGUAGCAGCUGCUGCUGGUACUCCGAUGAGGAAGCAGGCAGCAGCAGCAGCAGCAGCAGCAGCAGCAGCAGCAAUAGCAGCAGCAGCAGCGGCGAUGAGAUGCAGCAGGUGCUGCAGAAGGCGGCGGAAAUUGUUGACUCGCUGCUGCAGGAGUUUGUUGCUGCUGAGCUACAGCAGCAGCAGCAGCAGCAGCAGCAGCAGCUGGAGCAUGGUACCCCUGCUGCAGCAGCAGCAGCUACAGCAGCAGCAGCAGCAGCAACAUCUAAAGCAGAAGCAGUGCUGCGUGCUGCUUUAAAUACACUCUGGCAAUCGACAGGAAACGAAGGUGCAGCAGCACCAUGCGAGCGGCAGCAGCAGCAGCAGCAGCAGCAGCAGCAGCAGCAGCAGCAACUUUGCUGCCCUCAGAUGCUUGCGCAUCCUGACGAGUUUAAAAACCCUUCUUCGUUUUUAAAAAUAUAUGGCGACCCUCUUUGUGCAUUAUCAUUAACGAACAGCAGCAGCAGCAGCAGCAGCAGCAAUAGCAGCAGCAGCAGCAGCAGCAGCAGCAGCAGCAGCAGUAUGUCUCCGCUACCAAAUCAAGCAGGUAAUUGGGUUUGCUGCUGCUGCAGCAAUGUAAACUUCCCAAGGCGCUUUCGGUGUUUUAAAUGCGGCGAAGAGCGCAGCAAAGAAGGCGACAAAAUCGUAGCAAAAUAUUCGCGUGAGGUGUAUCUGCACCUGCUGCAGCAGAUACGGCAGCAGCAGCAAAUGCAGCAAGUGCAGCACCACAUGCAGCAGCAGCAGCACAUGCAGCAGCACCACCACCACAUGCAGCAGCACCACCACCACAUGCAGCAGCAGCAAGGGCAGCACCAUAUGCAACAGCAGCAGCACCUGCAUAAUAUUAGACAGCAGCAAAUGCUGCACAUGCAACAUAUGCUGCAGCAGCAGCAUAUGCAGCAGCAGCAGCAGCAGCAGCAGCAGCAGCAAAUUCAACAGCAGCAUAAUCAAAUGCAAAACCAAGAGCAGCAACAGCAAAUGCUGCUGCAGCAGCAACAGCAAAUACCCGAACCACCACCGCCUCCACCUCGUCCUUCGCAGCAGCAAGUGCAGCAGCAGCAGCAAGUGCAGCAGCAGCAGCAAGUGCAGCAGCAGCAGCAGCAAAAGCAAACCAAGAUACUCCUCACCCCGAAGCUAUCAAGACCCACUGAACCCCCAGCAGCAGCAGCAGCAGCAGCAGCAGUAGCAGCAGCAGCAGCACCUGCUGCUGCUGCUGCUGCUGCAACAGGCCGUGAAGCUGGAGUUGCAGGUGCUUGCUGCUUAGUGCAGCAGCAGAAACAGCAACAGCAGCAGCAGCAGCCGCAACAGCAAAAGCAGCAGCUGGCGGUGGGGCAUCCACCUGGCGUUGUAGCAGCAGCGGCAGCAGCAGCUAAUGCUGCAGCAGUAGCAGCAGCAGCAGCAUUAGUCCACUUGACAUCGGGUGCAGCAGCAGACGCUGCUGCAGCACCUGCUGCAGAAGCAGCAGGUGCUGCUGCAGCAUCAGCCGCUGCAGCAGCAGCAGCAGGAAACCAGCAGUAG